AUGGUGUACCGUGUUGGCAUAUUGGAUGACUACCAACAGGCUGCGCUGAAGUUGGCAGAUUGGACACCCCUUGGAAAUCAAGUCACUAUUGACGUGUUUACAGACACCAUCCUCGAUGAACAUCUUCUCGUCGAACGAUUAAAGGACUACGAUAUCAUAUGCAUCAUGAGAGAGCGGACAAAGUUCUUCGCGCCCCUGCUCGACAAGCUACCAAAGUUAAAACUCCUAACAACAACGGGGAUGAAGAAUAAUGGUAUCGAUGUCAAGUAUGCCAAAGAGAAGGGUAUCGUGGUAUCUGGUACAGCCAGCGUCGGAAACUCUACUCUCGAACAUAUAUGGGCGUUGAUCCUUGCUACGGUGAGGUACAUCUCCCAUGACGAUGCAAAUACAAAGGCGGGGAACGCGUUGUGGCAGACGAAGAUACCCUUGGGACUGGCUGGUAGAACCAUUGGGUUGAUAGGUGUUGGUAGACUUGGUGCAAAGACAGCUGCUGUCGCGGAGGCAUUUGGGAUGAAAGUACUUGGAUGGUCCCCCCAUCUCACUCCGGAGCGCGCUGCAGAGGCCGGUGUCGACUUCGCAGCGUCCAAGGAGGACUUGAUAAAGCAAAGCGACAUCGUCUCUAUUCAUAUUGUUCUAUCCGAGAGUACUCGCCAUUUGAUCAAAGCAGCCGACUUGGCGCACAUGAAGCCCACAGCAUUCUUCAUCAACACCUCCCGCGGUCCCAUCGUCGAUGAAGCAGCGCUGAUUCAGAUAUUGGAGAACAAGGCUAUAGCGGGUGCUGGCUUGGACGUGUUCGAUGUUGAACCACUUCCACUGGACCACCCUCUGCGAAAAUUAGAGAAUGUCGUCUUGACCCCACACAUGGGGUACGUUGCUGAUAGCUCGUACGAGGCAAGUACCCUUUCGCUGAUUAGCGUCCUUUGCUACUAA